AAUGGUAAAAGCAGAGUUUUAAACAACAAAUCAAUUUUGUACUCCAAAAGAAAAAUUCUACAUUAAUGCAAAUUAUAUAAAGGGAAUUAAUAAUUCUGAAAAGUAUUAUAUAGCUACUCAGGGACCUAUUCCAGAAUCAAUAAAUGAUUUUUGGCAUAUGAUUUGGACUAAUAAUGUUGGAGUUAUUAUCAUGUUGUGUACUUUGUAUGGUAGAGGGAGUGUAUAAUUAAUUAUUUUACUAAGUUUUAAUGUGAAAAAUAUUGGCCAAAAGUAGGUUAGAAGGCUCAAUAUGGUCCUUAUGAAGUGAAUUCAAUUUUAUUAGAGGAGAAUCCAUAAUCACUUUUAAAAAAUAAAAUAAUCAUUAAAUGUUAGGAGUAAGAACGAGAGGUUAUUCAUUAUUAAUGGACAGAUUGGGAUGAUUUUGGAGUUGUAGAAGACGAUUAAUUCAAAAUUAUUGAUAUGCUAGCUGAAAUUGCAAAUACAGCUGCUAUUUAAAAUAAAAGACCAGUAAUUCAUUGUAGUGCAGGAAUUGGAAGAACAGGUACAUUUAUAGCCAUCUGUCAAUUAAAAUAAUUAUUAAUUAAUAAUAGAGCAAAAAUAUCCAUAUUUAGUAUUGCAAGAAGAAUAAGAGAAUAGAGACAUUUAAUGAUCUAGACAACAGAGUAAUAUCAAAUGGUUUAUCGAUUCCUAAUGUGGUUAAUAAAAAAAUUAAAAUUCAUUUGA